UCAAGCAUUUCAAAGUAGUUUCAUUGCAAUAACUAGAGAGGAAAUUGCUCUUUCAUAUUAUGGCAUCUCAGUAGACUUAGACUAACAAAAAACUGUUAAAUUAUGGGGUAAAUUUACAUUUCAUAUGUCCAUUUAAGCUAUAUAUAUAUAUAUAUAUAUAUAUUAGUCAGUAUGCUACAAAGUUCUCUAAAUUCUCCAUUAUUGUUCAUUCACUUUCUUUUUACUUUAUUUUAUGUCGAUUGUUAUUCAGUCAUUAUUGGUAUUUUAGCAGCAUUUUGAUGUCCUCACCUCACCCCACUGGCGCGUCUUCCUCCCCCUCCUGCUCUUCUUAAUAAAAAAAAAAAACUUUCCUUUUCUUCUCUGAAGAAACCAAGAGUUGUUGGUGUUGUACAAUUUUCGGAGAGCAGUUUAUUUCUAUGAAGCUGCUUUUAUUUCAGCAAGGUGACUCUACCGUUUAAAGCCUGAGCAGGACCGAAGGUAAAGUUAGCUACUUAACAACCUGUCCGUUAGCUUUAAAGUUAGCUUCGAUGCUAAUAGCGCGUGCAGCAAAUUAGCUAAUAAUGUGGUUUUAAAUUCACAAAUACGUUACAAAGUUAAGGUUAGGUUGUUAAUUAGAGGGUGAGAGAAGCUCAAUUUACACUUGUUAUGACCUCCAGUCGAUGAACAUCAAUACAGCCUCUAAAAUAUAUAAAUGUAUGUAUCUUUGUGCUGUUUAUAAAGUAUUUUAACACAUUUUGUCAAAUGUAUGAAAUAUAUUGCAUCAUGCUAUACAAGUGUUACUGAUACAAAUCAGUGCAAUAUCUAACUGGGUUAACUUUAAUCCCUAACCUCGAUUUCCUUCUCACUCCUGAUGUCAACUUGCUGAAACUGAAUUGAUUUAACAAUUUUAAAUUCAAGAUGGCAGAUGUUUCACUCAGCAGAGGAGCAAAGAGAAAGAUGGCCAGUGUUUUAGAGCCCCCAUCCAAAUCUUCCAAAGUCACCUUGUUGAGCCCAUCCCUCCUCCUCCUGGAAAUCCCACCCGACACCAACACCAGCCUCCCAGUAUGGGAAGCCUUGAAAUCCCAGCAUGUUGACAUUGCCUGGACUGUCAAUCCUUACAGCAUCAGUGUUCAUUUAACCCCUGUGACCUCUAAGCAAGGAAAGGGUGCGACUUCGAGCAAAAGAGAGAGUGCUUCUAAUGUCGGACAGGCCUCAGCGCUUUCUCCCAUCCUGCAGCCUCAGAUGUUCAUCCAGCCCAUCAUUCAGCAACAUGACACCUCCAAGAACACCUGUGUCCUGCUCACCUUCUUCCAAAACGGCGACCAAUCGUUGCCAUGCCCUCCAGACCAACCACAGAACAUACCUCCAGACCAUAAACCGACCGCCUCCGUCAUCGCCUCCCUGCCUCUCGUCAUCACCCAUCUCCAGCCUGCCAGUCAGCCCAGCACCAGUCCCGCGAAGGGGUGCCUGCCUUCCGUCCAGACCCCAACGAUUACGCCCACCAAGCUGCGACCCCCAUCCAAAACGCCCGUCCCGUCUUCUUUCCACACAAAGAGCUCAUCUGACGUCCAGAUCUGCGACAGCUUCCUCUUAAACAUGUGCCGUGCAGGGAAAAAGUGCAAGAUGCACCACACGCCCUACCCGUUUUUCUGGCAGCUGUGGUGUGUGGUCGCCCACAGUUGGGUUGACUUCUCCCCUGGCUCUCAGGUCUUACUAGAAAGGAACUACUGUGAUGUCAACCAAGAGGUGGUUUACAUCAAGGAUGGACAUAUUCGCUACAGUCUGAACUUCAACACGAUGGAGUUGGACGACUCAUCAAAGUAUGACGGAGUGAGAAGACUGACGAACUCGGACAGUCAGGUCAAGAACCCUUUUUUUGCCAGCGAAUGGAAAAUCUACUGGUGGAAUAACCUCAGCUGGGAAGAGUACAACAAGAGUGUGUCCACCCUGCUGCUAAAGAGCAUGAGAGAAAAGGAGCCCGAGUGUUUCUUCUACAUCAGCUCGCAGGAGUACAAGCUGGACUUCACCACCAUGACCCAGACCAACGUCACCACAGGGUUUCAGAGGGAAGUUCGCUGCAGACCGGUCUACCGCUCCCCUGAGUCCAUGCUGCCUAACCUGCAGACAGGAAUCCAGACUGACCCCACUGAGCCUGCUGGUGAUCCGCCAGGGGCAAACUUCAAUGUGGACCCUCUAGAGGAUUUCAGCUCCUGGUAUCCUCCGGUGUGGUGUCUGGCCUCAGAGAAGGAGUACAGCCUGGUAGACGUUCCGCUGGGGACGCAGGCCUACUGUAGGAUCCUGAACCUCUUCUCUGAGACUCUGCCUGAGACCAAGGUAGACAUCAUCAGCAUCCAACAGGUCCAGAACCUGCUCCACUGGGACAAGUUCCAAAGGCACAAGGCAUACAUGCUGAAGCAGCGCACCAAGUUUAAGGAGCCACUGGAGAGACACCUCUUCCACGGGACAACCAAAAAGGCCUCAGAAGACAUCUGCCACAACAACUUCGACCCUCGCAUGGCCGGGGCCAAUGGAGCCGCCUUCGGUUUCGGCUCCUACUUUGCAACCACCGCCUCCUUCUCCCACACCUACUCGGGCACGGUGGGGCCGGCCGAGGUUCGCCACAUGUUCCUGGCCAAAGUCCUGGUGGGGAAGGUGAGUCAGGGGAGGAAUAGCUACCGCCGCCCGCCACCGCUCAGCUCCAAGACGAGGCUGUACCGUCUCUACGAUACAUGCGUGGACAACAUGGACAAACCCACCAUGUUUGUAGUUUUUGACAGCUGUCAGUGUUACCCAUACUACCUGAUCAAGUACAAAGACCUGUCCAAAGAGAUUGACAUUUGAUGAAGAAAAAAACAGGAUAGCUGGAGUGUUGAUGUUAAUUGUUAAAACAUAAACACUGUUGAAGAUGUCCAGCUGUAAGAUGACCUGACAUGUUAUCAAAUUUAGCAAGUGUUGCACAGUUGCAGCAAAUGUUCAGUUUACAAUGUGUAGG